AUGUCUUCCGCCGUAGCCAAGCGCCUCGAGGGCAAGACCAUCGUAAUCACGGGAGCGUCCUCGGGCAUCGGACGCAGCACGGCGCUCGAGUUCGCGCGAACUUCACCCAAGAACCUGAAGCUCGUGGUCACGGCACGCCGCGUCGAGAACUUGCGCCAGCUCGCCGACGACAUCGCGAAGGAGGUCGGCCCCGGCGUCCGCGUCUUGCCCGUCAAGCUCGACGUCAGCAACCCCGACGAGGUCCGCGGCUUUGUGGGUAGUCUUCCCGAGGAGUUCCGGGAAAUCGAUGUCCUGGUGAAUAAUGCCGGCCUCGUCAAAGGCGUAGCCCGCGCCCCUGAGAUUGCCGAGGAGGACCUCAACGUCAUGUUCGCGACGAACGUCACCGGCCUGAUCAACCUGACCCAGGCCGUGCUCCCCAUCUUCCUCAAGCGACCCGACGGCGGCCACGGCGACAUCAUCAACGUCGGCAGCAUCGCCGGGCGCGAGCCUUACCCCGGCGGCAGCAUCUACUGCGCAACCAAGGCCGCCGUCCGCAGCUUCACUGACGCCCUGCGCAAGGAGCUUGUUGCCUCGCGAGUCCGCGUCAUUGAGAUCGAUCCAGGCCAAGUCGAGACGGAAUUCUCUCUUGUACGGUUCUACGGCGACAAGAGCAAGGCGGAUGCUGUCUAUGCCGGAGGGGAGCCUCUCACGCCUGAUGACAUUGCUGAAGUCAUCGUAUUCGCCGCUGGUAGGAGAGAAAAUGUCAUAAUAGCAGACACCCUCAUCUUCCCUAACCAUCAAGCCAGUCCUUUUGUUAUUCACAAGAAGUCAUAG